ACUGUCCAGAUUGUCUCUUCCUGCCCCAGAUACACAACACAGGCAACAACAAAGAGAGGCUCUAGGAAAACUAUGUGGCAUGGUGGCUUCACUGGCAUAAAAUAUGCACCUCCCAUCCAUCGGGAACUGUGUUGACACGGCUGUGGAAGAACUUGUGGUGGGUCUCCUCAACUUGAAGAUGUUUGGCAGUGGCAGCAAGAAGUGGUUUGUGAAGAAACAGAAGAGGCAACAGCAGCAGCAGCAGCAGCAGCAGCAGAGGUCUGGCAGGAAGCCAUGCAACAGGAAGAAGAGGAGAUGGGCAGCAAAGAUCCUCAAACAGCACCGGGAAAAGAUCCUGAACGAGCUGGAUGUCAACACUGUGCUUCCUUACUUGGUUUAUGAUAAGGUUUUCUCAUUGGGGGAGUACAAGGAAAUACUGGGUCAGGACUCCAAGAAGAAAAGGAAUGAGAUAUUCCUGGACCAUCUGUCCUUGAAGGGGCCAGCUGCAUUCUGCUCUUUCUGCUCUGUUCUGGAGGAAGUAUGUCCCCACCUGCUAACCUGCUUUCUGUUGGAUGGUGAAGAUGGUGCCCUGGGACAAGGCAAGAAGGGGGGUCUGCCUGGACCCCCUAACAGGCCAGGAGAGCAACCACAGUGCUCCCCUCCCAUGUACAGCGACCCCCUGUUUGACUCAAGGAUACACCCCAGCCCAACCGCUGGCUCCAUCACAGCAGCCUCCUCAGUGAGCACCAUUCAGGGCAAGCCAUCACUCCGCCGCAUCAAAGGCCGCAUUCACAGGAGCAAGAGCCUGGACAGCAUCGAUCUCCUUGACUCUAAUAGCGCCGCAAUGGAGGAGACUGUUAUUUGGGAACAGCACACAGUAACACUACACAGGGCACCAGGGUUUGGCUUCGGGAUAGCCAUCUCAGGAGGUCGGGAUAACCCUCAUUUUCAGAGCGGCGAGACCUCCAUUGUUAUCUCGGAUGUGCUGAAAGGAGGCCCUGCUGAAGGCCUACUGCAGGAAAAUGACAGAGUGGUUAUGGUCAAUGCUGUUUCCAUGGACAAUGUGGAGCAUGCAUACGCAGUCCAGCAGCUUCGUAAAAGUGGAAAAAAUGCCAAAAUUACAAUCAGACGGAAGAGGAAGGUGCAUGUCCCUAUGGGCCGCCUAGGGGAGAGGGAGACUAUGUCAGAGCACGAUGAGGAAGAGGACAGCUACGACGAGGAGAUCUAUGAGACGCGGAGCGCACGCAGCGGCGCCUACAGCGGGGUAGGUGGGGCCAUGGGCAGGCGCAGUGGCCGGAGCAGUGGCCGAAGGGACAGGGAACGUGAGCGCAGUGGCUCACGGGAGAGGAGUCUCUCACCACGCUCGGACCGCCGCUCGCACAACCUGCCUCCACGCCCUGCCAAAGUCACCCUCGUCAAGUCCCGCAAAAAUGAAGCAGAAUAUGGCCUGCGCCUGGCCAGCCACAUCUUUGUCAAGGACAUUUCCCCUGAGAGCCUGGCAGCCAGGGAUGGCAACAUCCAGGAAGGGGAUGUUGUGCUGAAGAUCAAUGGCACAGUGACAGAGAACCUCUCAUUGAUAGACGCCAAGAAGCUGAUAGAAAGGUCAAAGGGCAAGCUAAAAAUGGUGGUCCAGAGGGACGAGAGGGCAACACUGCUGAACAUCCCUGACCUCGAUGACAGCAUUCCUUCAGCCAACGCGUCCGACAGAGAUGACAUUUCAGAUAUCCAUUCUCUGGCAUCCGACCAUUCCAAUCGAUCUCAUGACCGACACCGCAGCAGCCGUUCCCGCUCUCCAGACAGACGGUCUGAACCCUCGGACCACUCCAGACACUCGCCCCCGCAAAUCAGCAACGGCAGCUGGAGAAUACCUCACAGAAGUCGUGAUGAUGAACGCAUGUCUAAGCCGGCUUCAACACCAGCGAAGCUAGCAGAGGAGGUUCCUUUGCCCAAGCCCAUGGAGUCAGCUGUCGCCAGAGAGGAGAAACAGCUCCCACCACUCCCAGAGCCCAAGCCGGUGUAUGCCCAGCCCGGACAGCCAGAUGUAGACCUGCCAGUCAGUCCCUCUGAUGCCCCUGUGCCCAGCGCUGCCCACGAUGACAGCAUUCUCCGGCCAAGCAUGAAACUGGUGAAGUUCAAGAAGGGGGAGAGUGUGGGGCUUCGGCUGGCAGGGGGGAAUGACGUGGGCAUCUUCGUGGCUGGAGUGCUGGAGGAUAGCCCCGCUGCUAAGGAAGGCCUGGAGGAGGGUGACCAAAUUCUCAGGGUAAAUAAUGUAGAUUUUGCAAACAUAAUUCGAGAGGAGGCAGUGCUGUUCCUCCUGGACCUUCCUAAAGGUGAAGAAGUCACUAUUCUGGCCCAGAAGAAGAAAGAUGUGUAUCGGCGAAUCGUGGAGUCAGAUGUUGGAGACUCCUUCUACAUCCGGACACACUUUGAGUAUGAGAAGGAAUCUCCAUAUGGGUUGAGCUUUAACAAGGGCGAGGUAUUCCGUGUGGUCGACACGCUCUACAAUGGCAAGCUGGGGUCCUGGCUGGCUAUCCGCAUUGGCAAGAACCACCAGGAAGUGGAGAGGGGCAUUAUCCCCAACAAAAACAGGGCGGAGCAGCUCUCCAGCGUGCAGUACACCCUCCCCAAGACAGCAGGCGGCGAUCGGGCUGACUUUUGGAGGUUCCGUGGCCUGCGCAGCUCCAAGAGGAACCUGAGGAAGAGCAGAGAGGACCUGUCUGCACAGCCAGUCCAGACGAAGUUCCCAGCAUACGAAAGGGUGGUACUAAGAGAGGCUGGUUUCCUGAGGCCCGUUGUAAUAUUUGGGCCCAUUGCUGAUGUGGCUCGAGAAAAACUCUCCAGAGAAGAGACAGAUCUUUUUGAGCUUGCAAAAAGUGAACCUAGAGAUGCAGGAACAGACCAGCGUAGUUCAGGAAUCAUUCGUCUUCACACCAUCAAGCAGAUUAUUGACAGAGACAAACAUGCCGUGCUGGACAUUACACCCAACGCUGUGGACAGGCUGAACUAUGCUCAGUGGUACCCGAUUGUGGUCUUCCUCAACCCUGACAACAAACAGGGUGUGAAGAACAUGAGGACCCGGCUGUGUCCAGAGUCCAGGAAGAGCGCCAGGAAACUCUAUGAGCGAGCCAUCAAACUGAGAAAGAAUAAUCACCACCUGUUCACCACCACCAUCAACAUGAAUAACAUGAAUGACGGCUGGUAUGGAGCUCUGAAAGAGACCAUCCAGCAGCAGCAGAACCAGCUGGUUUGGGUGUCAGAGGGCAAGGCGGAUGGAGCUCCAGAGGACGAUUUGGAUAUCCAUGAUGACCGUCUGUCCUACCUGUCUGCGCCAGGUAGUGAGUACUCCAUGUAUAGCACAGAUAGCCGCCACACCUCUGACUACGAGGACACAGACACAGAGGGUGGAGCCUACACCGACCAGGAACUGGACGAGACGCUGAACGACGAGGUGGGUCUGCCCACGGAGCCCGCCAUCACCCGCUCCUCUGAGCCCGUGCGAGAAGACCCACCUGUAAUUCAGGAUGCACCUGGUUACCCUGGAUACCAGCACCCUGUGCAGCCAGACCCAGCCAAUCGCAUAGACCCUGCUGGGUUCAAGAUGGCCGCUCCACAGCAGCAAGAUGAGGCUGCUCUGUCCAUGCCCUCGCUGCCCCCGACGGUGGUAGUGCCCCCUGCUGUUGAGCAGCCUGUACAGCUAGAGGGUAUGCACCUAGAGGAGCCGCCUGCUGCAGCCGCAGCUCCUCAGGCUGAUUCACUUAGCAGCCCCAGCCCUGCCCCUGAGCUAAUUCAGCCCCCACCACCACACGAACCCCACCCGUCUGGGCCGCCAGGUCCAGAACCAAAGAUGUACAAGAAAGAUCUGUACAGUAUGGAGGAACCUGUGCGAGUGAACCAUGGCCUGAAGCCGUCAAUGAGCUACAGUCACCAGCCGCCGUACCAGGACAAACAGCCAUACCGCGAAUAUGACCACCCGCCUUACGGAUACGAUGGAGGCGGCUACACAGAACCAAAGCCUCACAACAUUGACUCUCACCUGCACUACGACAACCGUGUGCCUCAUUACAACGAACAAUGGCCCCCAUAUGACCAGCAGACCUCGUCUCAGCCCGCAGGCUACCAGCCGGGCCACCAGCAACCCAUGGGCUACAACCCCCGCCCUCCUUAUGAGGACGGGCCAGGGAGGGACUACAGCCCCCCUCAGCCGCGCUACGAUGAGGCCCCCCCAGUGGGCUACGAUGGCAGGCCGCGCCAUAGUAAACCUGGGCCCAUGCGGUACGAUGAGCCCCCGCCGCCGCCACCCCCGGCAGUUUAUGACGCCCGCUCCCCUUAUGAGGCAGAACCUCAUGGCUUCCCUAUAAAUUCACCCAGAUCACCGGACCCCCCAAAGCAGUAUUAUGGUGACUCUGGUCUGAGGCCCACGUACAAUCCCGGACCUCCCAAUCGGGUGUACAAGCAAGGCAUGCAUGAGCCGGCGAUGAACUCUGAACCCUCCAUGCCCCCUCCUAAACCAGAGCCCCUGGCCUCCCCGGGCGAGCCGGGCCUUCCUGCAGGUUCGAAGCCCCUCCCCCCUCCACCCCGGGAAGACCCAGACGAGGACCCAGCCAUGAAGCCCCAGUCAGUGCUCAACAGAGUCAAGAUGUUUGAGAAUAAGCGUUCUGUUUCUGUGGACAGGGCUAAGGAUGGAGGGGAACCGUCAGCACUCAGGCCUGCAGAUGUUCCUAAACCUGUGGUUGCACCUGGCCCUGUCCUCAAAGCCAACUCCCUCAGCAACCUGGAGCAGGAAAAGUCCACCUAUAGGGCUCCUGAGCCCCAGAAGCCCCAGUCUAAACCCCUGGAUGAUGUGGUGCGUUCCAACCACUAUGACCCAGAUGAGGAUGAGGAGUAUUACAGGAAGCAGUUGUCCUACUUUGACCGCCGUAGCUUUGACAGCAAGGCGAUGGGCCAGCCCAGUCCUGGCAUCAACCGCUUCCAUGAUAUGCCCAAACCAGCUCAACUGUCCUACCCUUACAACAGGGUCGAGUCUGUGGAGAAGGUGAGUCCGGUGGAGAAAAGGUAUGAACCCCUGCCCCAGAUCAGCCCCUCCUCUCAGUAUGGGCCACCCGCCUCUGCCAUCCCACCCAACACGCUGCCCAAACUCAGCCCCAGUGAGGCAAAUUCCAUACCCGACCCAUUGAACUCUCCUAACCCUAAACCUGAGCUGCCCGCUCUGAGGCCUGCCAGUAGGGACGACACCACACAAGGGGGCUACCUGCCCCCAAGGGGUCUCCCCGAUAAGUCUCCUGUUAACGGCACUGAUGCGCCCUCCAAAACACUGGCUGCUCCUGCUCCAGCUUGCUAUAACCGCUACGUCCCCAAGCCUUACACCAGCUCCGCCCGGCCCUUUGAGCGCAAAUUUGAGAGCCCCAAGUUCAACCACAACCUGCUGCCCAACGAUACGCAGGUGAAGACGGACCUCAUCAGCAAGCCCAGUGUGGUGAGCAACAACAGUGCUGGCAAGCCUCAGCUCUCACCACAGCCCCUGGAUCACGACAGCGGCCUGGACACCUUCACACGUACUAUGGACAACAGGCCCAAGUACCAGCACAAUAACAUCAACGCCAUCCCCAAGGCCAUCCCUGUAAGCCCCAGUGCGCUGGAGGAUGACGACGAGGAUGAAGGGCACACGGUGGUGGCCACGGCUCGGGGGAUCUUCAACUGUAACGGCGGCGUCCUAAGCUCCAUCGAGACAGGCGUCAGCAUCAUCAUCCCCCAGGGUGCCAUCCCUGAGAGUGUGGAGCAGGAGAUUUACUUCAAGGUGUGCCGGGACAACAGUAUCCUGCCCCCCCUCGACAAGGAGAAAGGAGAAACGCUGCUGAGCCCCUUGGUGAUGUGCGGCCCCCAUGGACUCAAGUUCCUGAAGCCGGUGGAGCUGCGCUUACCUCACUGUGCGUCUAUGACCCCUGAUGGUUGGUCUUUUGCUCUAAAAUCCUCCGACUCCUCGUCGGGUGAUCCUAAAACGUGGCAGAACAAAUCUCUCCCUGGAGACCCCAACUACCUGGUGGGCGCAAACUGUGUGUCUGUGCUCAUUGACCACUUCUGAAGAGGGCAACAGCUGGCCUGUUACUGAAUGUGAAGAACAGGGGACGUUGGUCGCCCCUGCUGCGCUCCGUCCGCUGAGGCGGGGUGCGCACCGCUUGAUGAAGUAUGAACUCAAUACUCUCAUGUUGUUUACUGUGCCCAAAAAUUUAAAAAAAAGAAAAAGAGAAACACAAGGAGUGGGAGGAGUCCAGCAUACCCGAGGCUGUACUCGUAUUCUUUUCUUUCAUUUUUUUCGGUGCUUUCAAGGCUUGCAAAAAAUAAAGAUUUAAAAACAAGUUAUAUAAAAAAAUGGAACUGAUGUUGAAAUGCAUGACCAGUGCCACAGACUGAAUAAUCUCAUUUUGACAUUUUUAGCUAAUUUUGUAGGUCAGAGCAGUGCAAGAAAAGGAGAAUUUUGGAAAUUCGUUUAGUAUUGCAAUGGGAUUUUUGCGUACUGUAAUGCACUCACAAGCAGAAAAAUUCAUAUAUAUAUAUGUAGAAAUAUAUAUAUAUAUAUAUAUAAAUACAUAUAUAUUAUGUAUUUUGUUUGUGAGGCCUGUGGUCAUGCGUUUCGCUCAUGAAGGGUCUCUGAGGACUUGAGAAAUGCUGAGCCUGACUCAAGGGCGAUGAAGGAACACUUAGUAUCAUGAAGAUUAUUUAAAAAAAAAAAAAAAUAAUAAACCUAAUUAUAUGAAGAAUGAAGGCUAAGUAUUAGUAUCAGAUUCCUGUUUGUUCGAACUGGGCUCUCUAGGUUUAAAACUGAUCUUUUGUAGCUAUGUUUUACCGUAGAUAAAUAUACUGACUUGAUUUUACAAACUCCUGCUGUCUAGAGAUCUAUGCAUGUGCUAUGACUCAGGUCCAGAAGCCUGCUACUACUAAGUUCAACACAUGAAAAUCCCAUCUUACACUGCAAGCAGUGAUGCCUUAUCUGCAUAUUAACUUUUCAGUAAACUUUAAAAACAUUGGAUCCUUCAGUUAUAGCGGUCGGUUAUGAAAGGAAAAGUUGUCUCUGCAUUUUCUCAUUAUCAGUGAACUUGGAUUUAGCACACAAGAAUAACUGAGGCUGAUGAAAAGGUAUGCUUUCUUUUACUGCUAUGCAUAUGAAGUCUGAGGAAAUACAAAAACACUAGAAAAUGUUUAAAUUGUGGCUGUACAUAUUGCUAGCAUAUGGCCUUGGUUCUCUGUAAAUGAACUUUUGUACAUCUUUGUUAUUUUGUAUAAAAGAGAAAAUGUUUCUUAAAAAAGAGAAAGCGGUUACAUUGGUUAUGUUUGUAUUCUGGUUAUACCCCUGAGCCUUGGAACUGACAUAAGCAGUAAUAAGUCCAACUUUUCUACCAACAUAUACACACAGACACACACUACUUAAGGCAUUUUUAACAGUCAGAAAACUUUUUAUUCUUAUUUACAAAAUAGAAAAGUGCUUGGUUUAAAUGAUUUUAAAAGAUAUGUAUUUGAGGGGUCUGCUUUGAAGAGUGAUCCCUUCCUUUAUUUGUGAUACUGGAUGCUGUAUUGUGUGCCCUGAAAUGUAUUUUUGUACUAAUAGACAAUUUAUUAUGGCACAUCAGUACUAUUUUCUUUUGAUAUAAUAACACUGCUUCAAUCCGACACUAGUUUCUUUUCCUGUGUGGCUGACAUUCUUUUUAUUUAUUUUUUUCUUUUGUUCAAUUUUUUUUUCCUUUGCGACACAUUUCUAAGUAUACCACUGUAUUAAUAAAUAAAUUCAUUUUUAAAGUAA